ACGAUCCCGGGGCAGGAGUAGGGCAGUGGCCCCCCUGGCAGAAGCCGGGGUGUCGGCGCUCCGUGCAGCGGGCGAGGGGACCGUCACCCGGGGCGCGGUGUAUUUUGGGGGGCCAGCGUGUGUCGGGCAGCGAGUGGGGAAUGGCUGGCAGAAGCCGCCGCUCCUGGCUCAGCGUGUUGCUAGGACUCAUCCUGGGCUUCAUCCUGGCGUCGAGACUCAUCCUGCCCCGCGCCUCGGAGCUGAAGAAAGCGGGACACCGGCGGAAGGCGAGCCCGGAGGGCUGCCGGCUGCAGCAGGGCGGGGGGCUGCUGCGCAGGGACUCCCGGGGGACGCUGCUCUGGCCCCAGGACCCCGCAGAGCGCCAGGACGACAUCCCACCGGCCAGCAACUUCCUCUUCGUGGGGGUCAUGACAGCCCAGAAAUACCUGCAGAGCCGGGCGGUGGCUGCCUACAGAACCUGGUCCAAAACCAUUCCUGGCAAGGUUGAAUUCUUCUCCAGUGAGGGUUCGGACACCUCUCUUCCAAUCCCGAUAGUGCCACUACAAGGCGUGGAUGACUCCUACCCACCCCAGAAGAAAUCCUUUAUGAUGCUCAAGUACAUGCAUGACCACUACUUGGACAAUUAUGAAUGGUUUAUGAGAGCAGAUGAUGAUGUUUACAUUAAGGGGGACAGAUUGGAGAGCUUCCUUAGGAGUUUGAACAGCAGUGAACCCCUCUUCCUUGGACAGACUGGGCUUGGCACCACCGAAGAGAUGGGGAAACUGGCCUUGGAACCUGGCGAGAACUUCUGCAUGGGAGGACCUGGAGUGAUCAUGAGCCGGGAGGUGCUGCGCAGAAUGGUGCCUCACAUUGGAGAGUGCUUGCGAGAGAUGUACACCACUCAUGAGGACGUGGAAGUGGGAAGAUGUGUGCGGAGAUUUGCAGGAGUGCAGUGUGUCUGGUCUUAUGAGAUGCAGCAGCUGUUUUAUGAAAAUUAUGAGCAGAACAAAAAAGGCUACAUCAAAGACCUUAGAAAUAGCAAGAUACACCGAGCUAUAACGCUGCAUCCCAACAAGAACCCACCGUACCAGUAUAGACUUCAUAGUUACAUGCUGAGUCGCAAAAUCGCAGAACUGCGUUACCGGACUAUACAGCUGCACAGAGAAAUUGUCCUGAUGAGCAAAUACAGCAAUGCAGAAAUACACAAAGAUGACCUUCAGCUUGGGAUACCACCUUCUUUUAUGAGGUUCCAGCCACGCCAGCGUGAGGAGGUCUUGGAAUGGGAGUUCCUUACGGGAAAAUAUCUCUAUUCUGCAGCUGAUGGACAGCCCCCUCGGAGAGGGAUGGACUCAUCUCAGCGUGAAGCAUUGGAUGACAUUGUUAUGCAGGUCAUGGAAAUGAUCAAUGCAAAUGCUAAGACCAGAGGGCGGAUCAUUGAUUUCAAGGAGAUACAAUACGGCUAUCGCAGAGUUAAUCCUAUGUAUGGAGCAGAGUAUGUUCUUGACUUAUUGCUUCUAUACAAAAAACACAAGGGAAAGAAGAUGACCGUGCCUGUCAGAAGGCAUGCCUACCUACAGCAGACAUUCAGCAAGAUCCAAUUUAUGGAGCAUGAAGAGAUAGAUGCCAAAGAGCUGGCCAGCAAAAUUAACCAAGAUUCUGGAUCCUUGUCUUUCCUGUCCAAUUCACUGAAGAUGUUUGUUCCAUUCCAGCUCACUGGAUCAAAAGCAGAGCGGAAGGAGCCCAAAGACCAGAAGAUCAACAUCUUGAUUCCUCUGUCUGGACGCUUUGAGAUGUUUGCUAGGUUCAUGGGGAAUUUUGAGAAAACUUGCCUCAUUCCCAGUCAGAACGUCAAGCUGGUUGUCCUGCUUUUCAAUUCUGACUCAAACCCUGAUAAGGCGAAGCAAGUUGAAUUGAUGAGAGAUUACCGUAUUAAGUACCCCAAGGCUGAUAUGCAGAUCUUGCCAGUGUCUGGGGAAUUCUCAAGAGCUCUGGCUCUUGAAGUUGGAUCUUCUCAGUUUAAAAAUGAGUCUUUGCUCUUCUUCUGUGACGUUGACCUAGUGUUUACCACAGAGUUUCUCCAACGAUGUAGAGCCAAUACAGUUUUGGGCCAACAAAUAUACUUUCCAGUCAUCUUUAGUCAGUAUGAUCCAAAGAUAGUUUAUAGUGGAAAAGUUCCCAGUGACAAUCAUUUUGCCUUCACCCAGAAAACCGGUUUCUGGAGGAACUAUGGCUUUGGCAUUACUUGUAUUUACAAAGGUGAUCUCCUUAGAGCAGGUGGCUUUGAUGUCUCUAUCCAAGGUUGGGGCCUUGAGGACGUGGACCUAUUUAACAAAGUCAUUCAAGCUGGCUUAAAGACUUUCCGAAGCCAAGAAAUCGGAGUUGUUCAUGUACAUCAUCCAGUCUUUUGUGACCCCAAUCUUGAUCCAAAACAAUAUAAAAUGUGCUUGGGGUCCAAAGCUUCAACUUAUGGGUCCACACAACAGUUGGCUGAACUAUGGCUUGAAAAAAAUGACCCUAGCUUUGGGAAAAGCAGCAAUACUAAUGGCUCAGUGAGGACAGCCUGAUGUCCAGCUAUGCUGGAGAAGACUUUUUUUAAUUAUCUAAUUUAUUUUUGGAAAAUGUUUUGAUAGUUCAUUUUUUAAAGACCGCACAAGGAUAUAUUUUAGAAAUCAUGUUUUCUUACCAAGAACUCUUUUGAGAAUGAGCUUUUUUUUGAACAAAACUGUGAUUGAUAUUUGCCUUUGAACAAAAAUUUUGGCUGAGUAUUAUCUGGGAGAUCUGCAUAAUUCUGAUGACUUGAAAUAAGGUUUCCAUAUGAACAAAGGACCUCCUUUUUAAAAAAAAAAAAAAAAAAAAACCUUUUUCCAUUGCUGUCUUCUUUGCUAGGAUUCUAUAAAUUGGAACCUGAACAUUCAAGCAAAAUGGCAAAAUACUGUACCUAACUGUUGUGUUGUGACUGUUACAUUACACAGAUUCUACUCUUUUUAAAUAGCCAUAAUGUUCAAAUUGUGUUAGAACAAUGCAAAACAGUGUGGCAAUAGUUGGGUUAUUAAUUUCAGGAGUAUUUCAAUAGGUUGAUUACUUCAACCAAAAAUGUACUUUUGCUUAUUGUGGCCGAGCAGCUUUUUGAAGGGUGUGUGGAAAAGAAGCACACUUGAUAAACUUGUAUCAGUUUAGUCCAUAUGUAAGUUUUGUCUGACAUUUGGUCCAUAUGUGGAUCUAACAUUAAAAAUUCCAUGGUGGAUUCUGUGGAUUCUAAAUUGUUCUCCAGUCUAGAACAGAGACUGCAUGAUGGUGAAAUGCAAAAUUGUAAUGAGUGUGGGAGGGAGAAAUGAGAAUUUCUCACUGCAAAACAAGGUACACAACUCAAAAUUUGAAAUCCCUAAUGAGAACAUUGGAAACUUGCAUCUGAUUGCAUUCAUUUUGUACAGUCAGUUACAAGAUGUUGAUGGGAACAAUUGUUACAUUCUUUGAUUACUAGUUUCUUUUGUUUUCUUUAUCGAUAGACCUUUAAUUUAUUUAAUAUCCAUUGUUUUAGGUUCUUGCCCUUUUCUUGAAUAUCUGUUAGUCAUUUAUUUAUAUAUCUAUUAGGAAUGUAUUGCUUUUUCUCACUCUUAAGGUAGUGUACAUCUUACUUACAGUAAACUGUGAUCUCCAAAGAUUUCUUUUGAAAGUAUUUUUUAUUCCAAAUUCCUUUUAAAAUUUUACUGAGUGACUUAAAUAACCUUGGGAAUUGUUUUGAUGCUCUAAGAUAAACCUGGGAGAGAAAAUGUUGAGUAGAAACAAUAUGACCCCUUUGAGUUAUCACCUAGUAAAGGUUAAAUAAACAUACAAAUGAAGUGCCUUAAAGUGAACAGAAGGAGGGGGAACUCUUUUGCAUUGAGACUUAGAACACUGAUGGAAAUUGCUGUUGCAGCAGAUCAUAUAUUGGGCUCAGAAGUUAAAGAUCAAGCCAGUGAAAAAUAUAUUUUUCUAUUGUACUCGUCAACACCACUUUGCCCUAGUUCCAUUUCAGUAACAUAAAGACCUACUCUUUGGGAGGUGAAGGAUAGUAAAAGAGAAUGAAAAUCAGUACUUAGAUUUGAUUUACCAAGUUUUAAGGGGUCUUUAUGGAGUAACUGCUUGAAUAUUCCAAUAGGAAAAUAAUCAGUGGUUACACAUUUAUGGAAUGUGAAUUGCGUUUGCAACUAGUCUAGAUUCAUUGUCCUACAACUGUCGUUGUUUUUUUUGGUGACAGCCCCAAGGAUGUAGAUACUUAUAAUGGAUUCAAUGCAUGGAAAGUGUUGAAAGACUUGGUCCUAAGAUGCAAUAAAGAUUUUUAUUUGCAA